GCCCCUUCGGCAAGAUGGCGGCGGCCGGGAGCCCCGCCGCUCCGCUGCCAGCCCCGCGGGCCCCGGCUCCGGGGCGCAAAGAGCUGCUCCCCGCCUCGCAUCCCACCCCGCGGCGGAAGAGGCGGCGGCAGGAGGAGGCUGCAGGUGCCGGCGCUGGGGGGCAGAAGAACCUGUGGGGCAGGCAUCUGCCCCCCGAGAUCCUGCUCCGCGUUUUCCAGGCUGCUGUGGGGCAGGAUGGGGCUGUCCCCAUCCUCUGCAGGGCUGCCCGCGUCUGUCGCCUGUGGAACCUGGUGGCCUCUGACCCCCACCUGUGGCAAAAGGUCUCACUUGGGGGGUACACUUGGGGGGCCCCAGCCCCACAGCGUCCCCCCAAAAGCCUGGCUCCCUUCUGUGAGUUGGCAAAGAGCAGGUUGCGGCUGCUGCGGGAGUUUGAGCUGCAGGGGUGGAAGAGCCAUGUGGGGCCCCUGCUGCAGGCUGUCUCCGCAGGCUGCCCCCAGCUCCAGUCGCUGUCCCUGUCCCGAUGUGGGGGGGUCCCGGCCCCACCCCCGCCCUGCCCCAACCUGCGGCGCCUGCAGCUGAGGCUGUGCCAGCUGGACCCUGCCCCCCUCCUUCCUUUCCUGACUCCCCUGGGUCCCCCCCUCCAAGAGCUGCUCCUGAGCUGUGACCCUCGAUGGGCCCCCCCCAUUCUACCUGCACUGGCUGGGGGUCUCUGCCCACAGCUGCAGCUCCUGGAGCUGGACACUGGGCCGGGGGGGAGCAGUGGCCUGGGCCCCCCCCUGCUGCUGCCGGUGGAGGGGCUGCAGGGAGCCUGUCCCCAGCUCAAGGUUCUCCGCCUCCUCAACGUCACCUUGGACCCUCGCCCCUGCCGCCAGCCCCCUUCUGUUGUCACCACCUCUAGUGGUGGUGGUGGUGCUGGUGGCAUCUCUGGUGGCUUCCCGCAGCUGCUGGAGUUGUCCCUGGCCAGCCCCGGGGGUGGCAGCGGCGUUGGGGACCUCCUGCUGUGGAGGCUCCUCCACAGGUCCCCCCAGCUGCGGCUGCUGGACCUGCGGGGCUGUGCCCGCGUCACCCCCCAGGGGCUGCUGGACCUGCCCUGCCAUGAGCUGGAGCGGCUCUACCUGGGGCUGCCCUGCGGCUCCGAGCGCGUCCCGCGAUUGGCUGAGGGCAGCGCUGGGCUGGCCCGGAAGUGGCGCCGGAGUUUGCAGGAGCUGGACCUGGCUGGACGCGACUUCGAGCCCGGAGACCUGGCCCAGGCCAUGGCCACCUUCAGCCACAACGCCCCACUGAGGUCCCUUAACUUGGCCGGCACCAAGGUCACUGCUGAAGCUCUCAGUGUCCUUCUGGCUACCUGCCCGGGGCUGUCCUACCUCAACCUGUCAUCAUGUCGCCGAUUGCCCAGGGGCACCAAGAGGGCUCAUCGAGGGUGUGAGGAGGUGACCAGGUGCUUGGAAGUGCUGGUUGGACACUGUCAUAGUGACCAGGAGAGCAACAGACACCAGGAGAACCAUGGCCACCAAGAGAUCUGUGGUGACCAGCAACCUCAAGGCCAGUAGGAGCCUCAUGGUCGCCAUGAUUUCCAUGGUGACCGAGAAAUCAAUGAGCCCAGAAGGCCCAUGGUGACCAAGAGCUGCAUGGCCACCUGGAGAUCUAUGAUGACCAGGAGCUCUAUAGUCAAGAGGAGAUGUGUGGCCAAUAGGAGAUCCACAGUGACCAGGAGACUCAUUGCCACCACAAGCUCCAUGGACCCAAGAGACCCACAACCACCAGGAGGUCCACAAUGUCCAGGAGGCCCAUGACCACCAUGAGUUUCAUGGUGACCAGGACAUGUACAGUGACCAGAAGCCCCAUGGUGACAAGGAGAGCUGUGGUCAGUAAGAGACACAUGGCCACCAGUAGACCCCUGACCAGAAGCCCUCCAAAACCCCUCCUGGGUUUGUGCCUCCUAGUUUGGACUUCCAGUUUUGUACCUCCCAGUUUUGUACCUUCCAGUUUGGAUCCUCACAUUUUGUACUUCCCAGUUUGGACCUCUCCAGUUCAGGCUCCCAGUCUGGGGGCAUCUCCCAGUAAAGCUUCUAAGCCAA